UUACAUUACACACACUUCUCUCCUUCAUCUUCUUCGCUUUCAGAAGGUGAAGAGCUCAGAAGAAAGAAAGAAAUGGUGGAUAGAGAGAGAGACCGUGAGAGAGACAGAGAUAGAGAUAGAGAAAGAAGGAGAGACAGAGAAGAUAGAGACCGGGACCGUGAAAGAGAUAGAAUCAAAGAUCGAGAUCGAAGCAGAAGAUCACGAACCCCAGAACGUACUCGUUCAUCAAGACACACUCGUUCGCGUACCCGCUCACCAAGACGCCCUCGCUCCGGUACCCGUUCACCAUCAUAUCGAAGAGUAAAAUCAAGAUCUCGUUCACGUUCCGUCGACCGUUCUCGACGACAUCAUCAUCACCGUGACCGUUCUCCGUCGCAAGAACGAAAACACCGUCGCGACGACAACAAACAAAAAAGGGAUUCAUCAGUUGAUAUAGUAUCAGAAUUUGUUGAUGGAAUUGUAAGGGAGCAAGACGAGAAGAAGGCACCUAAUGAAGAUAAUAAUGAGGGAGAAAUUAUGAUGGAUAAUGAUGAGAUUGAGAUGAUGAAGAAAUUAGGUAUGCCUGUUGGUUUUGAUUCAACUAAAGGUAAACCUGUACCUGGUGCUGAUGUUAGUGGGAUUAGAAUGACUACUAAAAGACAACCUCGGCAGUAUAUGAAUAGACGUGGAGGGUUUAAUCGUCCUCUUCCUCUGGAGCGUAAUCGGUGAUAUUCAUUCGUCAAGGGAGUAUUGUGGUGGGAAGAUGGAAGUGGAGCUGUUUGUGCCGCAGUUGCAAGGUGACUUUAGUCGGAGAUAUAUCAGAAUGUAAUUGGAAAAAUACUGUAAGAUAGUUAUAUAUUCUCUCUUAAAAACUUUCAGAUACCUGAGAUGGAUAUUAUGUUUGGUCUCUGAUUAUCCUUAUAGGUGGAUGUGAGUGCUCAUAACAGAUUUGUUAUGAGGUGUAGCUAAUAUCCACUGUUUGUCGACCCGACCGAAUUUAUUCUCUUCUGUUCUAGUUGGUAUCUCAGAAAACUCACUAAACUAGGAUUUAAUGUU